AGCAUGUAAAGUUGCGGGCGGCUCAGUUAAAUGUUACCCAGAGAAAACACUGGAAGAUAUUCACUAUUUUCGUUUUCAAUUCCAGGACUAGAGGACGUGGAAUGGCAAUCUGGAAACACUGUGCGCAAAAUCUGGAUUGACUCAAUGGACUCUCACGCGUUGACACGACCGAGGACGAUUUUGGAUCAUACAAGGGACAUUUUCUUCUCAUUAGUAUGAGGGGGGUGUUUGUUUAAAAACCAGCAGCCUGGAUAUUUUGACUGAGGAUGACUGCUCUCACGAGGAAGGUGCAGGUGGUGCUGUGCGUCCUGCUGGUUUGUGCGCCCCAACUCAGCUGCGCCCAGGCGCCAGAAGUUUGUUUCGGCACGCAGAACAAGCUGAGCAUGACGGGAGACUCAGAGAAUCAGUACAACCAGAUGAAGGAGCUCUACACCGGCUGUGAGAUAGUGAUGGGAAACCUUGAGAUCACCAUGAUGGAGCACUACAGAAACUUCUCCUUCCUGCAGUCUAUCAGGGAGGUGACAGGCUACAUCCUGUUUGCCCUCAACGAUUUCAGCCGCCUGCCUCUGGACCGGCUGCGCGUCAUCAGGGGCAACACGCUGUAUGAGGACCAGUUCGCUCUGGCUGUGAUGGUCAACUACCAGAAGGAGGGGCAGUACGGCCUUCAAGAACUGGGCCUGACACACCUCACAGAGAUACUGGAGGGAGGAGUCAAGAUCAUCCAGAAUAGAGACCUGAGCUAUGCCCCGCAAGUGAACUGGCUGGGCAUCGUGAAGGAUGAAACCACUCCGCUUGUGUUCGAGGAGAACGGGCCUGAAAAGCCUUGUGACGAAGCGUGUGGAGACGUGCCAUGCUGGGGUCCAGGAAGUGACAGUUGCCAGAUCUUGACAAAGACUGUGUGCGCCCCUCAGUGUAAUCGCAGAUGCUUUGGCAGGAGCCCCAGCGAGUGUUGUCACAUUGAGUGUGCAGGAGGAUGCACUGGACCCCUGGAUACAGACUGCUUUGUGUGCCGGAACUUCAACAAUUCGGGCUCGUGCGUGCCGCUGUGUCCUCAGACCCUCAUCUACAACAAGCGCACGUUCAAAAUGGAGGCCAACCCCAAUGCCAAGUACCAGUAUGAAGCCAUGUGUGUGGCCCAGUGUCCUGUUAACUUUGUGGUUGACGGCAGCUCGUGUGUGAGCAAGUGUCCACCUGAUAAAAUGGAGGUGGAGAAGAGGGGAGUGAAGAGAUGCGAGCCGUGUGGAGGCCUCUGUCCAAAAGUUUGUCAGGGUACAGGAAUGCCAACCAAACAAACUGUGGACGCUCACAACAUCGACAGCUUCAUCAACUGCACAAAGAUCCAGGGCGGUCUGCACUUCCUGGUGACUGGCAUUAAAGGUGAUGAAUAUAAUAAUAUCCCAGCCCUCGAUACUGAAAAACUGAAAAUAUUCAACACAGUGCGGGAGAUUACAGACUUCCUCUGCAUCCAGUCGUGGCCGAAAAACAUGUCUGACCUGUCAGUCUUCUCUAACCUCCAAACUAUUCAAGGCAGAGUACUUUACAAAGGAGUUAGCUCUCGAAGGGGCUACUCUCUUCUGGUGAUGAGGCUCCCCGGUCUGACCUCUCUGGGCUUACGCUCACUACGAAAGAUAGAAAACGGCGAUGUCUACAUCACAGGAAACAAGAAGCUCUGCUACUCCGACACCAUCAACUGGACGAGCGUCCUAGGCAGCAGCUCCAGCCCCGCGAAACGCCAGAAGCAAAUCGACAUCAAGAAUAACAAACUCAGAAAUCAGUGUGUGAGUGAUGGUCAUGAGUGCGACCCCCUGUGCUCCUCUGAUGGCUGCUGGGGUCCCGGGGCAAACCAGUGUCUGACUUGUAAGAACUACAGCAGGGGUGGAACGUGCGUGCCGGACUGCAUGUUCGUAACCGGGGAGAGGCGAGAGUUUGCUGCUCAAUCAGGAGAGUGUAAACCCUGUCACCCAGAGUGUAAGGUCCAGGUGGGGAAGGAGACCUGCACAGGCCCGGGGGCAGAUCAGUGUGUUGCAUGUGCCAGCUUGCGGGACGGCCCGCACUGCGUCCCCUCGUGUCCUGAGGGUGUGAUGGCAGGAGAGGGGGUCAUCUUCAAAUACCCCAACAAGCAGGGCAGCUGUGAGCCAUGCCACAUCAACUGUACCGAAGGGUGCUUCGGUCCAGGUAUUGGAGACUGUGGAGAGUUUUCACGUUAUAUUUCUGGACAAGAGACUACAGCCAUUGUACUGGGAGUGAUCGCCCUCAUCUUCGCCUCAUUCUCUAUCUUCGUGCUGACUAUUCUGUACCAAAGAGGUAUCGCCAUUCGUCGCAAGCGAGCCAUGAGGAGAUACAUGGAGAGUGGAGAGAGUUUCGAGCCAUUGGAGCCUGGAGAGAAAGGAGCUAAAGUCCACGCUCGGAAGCUAAAGCCCACAGAGCUGCGUAAGAUCAAGCUGCUGGGUAACGGAGUGUUCGGAUCAGUCCAUAAGGGUAUUUGGAUUCCAGAGGGGGAUACAGUGAAGCUCCCUGUGGCCAUAAAGACGAUUCAUGAUCGCAUGGGUCGACAGACCUUCCAUGAGCUGACAGAUCACAUGUUGACGAUGGGCAGCUUGGACCACAUCAACGUUGUCAGGAUCCUGGGUAUCUGCCCCGGGUCAAGCCUGCAGCUCGUCAGCCAGCUCAGCGGCCAGGGCUCCCUGCUGGAGCACGUCAAGAACCGCAAGAACAACCUCAGCCCACAGAGGCUGCUCAACUGGUGUGUUCAAAUCGCAAAGGGUAUGUAUUACCUGGAGGAAAACAGGAUGGUCCACCGGAACCUGGCUGCCAGAAAUGUGCUCUUGAAGAGCAACUACACUGUCCAGAUCUCCGACUACGGCAUCGCAGACCUGCUGUAUCCUGAUGACAAGAAGUACUUUUUCAAUGAGUUCAAGACACCGAUCAAAUGGAUGGCCUUGGAGAGCAUCUUGUUUCGCAGAUACACACACCAGAGUGACGUCUGGAGCUAUGGUGUGACAAUAUGGGAGAUGAUGUCUUACGGGGUAGAGCCGUACACAACAAUGCGUCCGCAGGAAGUUCCUGAUCUGCUGGAAAAGGGCGAGCGUCUCUCUCAGCCUCAGACUUGCACAAUCGAUGUCUACAUGGUCAUGGUCAAGUGUUGGAUGAUUGACGAGAAUGUACGUCCAACCUUCAAAGAGCUGGCCAAUGAAUUUACCAGAAUGGCCAGAGACCCGCCUCGCUACCUGGUGAUAAAAGAGGAAUGCAGUCAACAGGACACGCCCCUGGAUGAAGUCGCUCACUGGAGUGCUGACCUGGACGAUCUGGAUGAGCUGGACAUUGAGCUGAAGGACCAGGAGAGAGAGGAUGUCAUGGAUGGCAUGACGUCAGCAUCACACUGCCCGUCCACGUCCAGAAGCCUAAGUCACGUCUCCAGGGUGGACAUCCACAGGGUUACUCUUAAUCCAUCGAGUGCAGCUGGAUAUUUGCCCAUGACCCCAGGUGUUGACAGCCCAGGACAGGCUAUGUGGCAGUCACGCUCUCGUCUCGACUCAGCCCGCACCGUGUCUGAGAGCUCGGAGGGCUGCAGCACAGCAGUGGAGCUGGGGAUGUGUGAGAACUUUCCUCUGGCAGGGAGCCUGAAAAGAAGACGCAAUCGUGAAGACAGUGCCUACAUGUCGCAAAGGGACAGCAUGUCCGGGGGUCCACCAGAGACUCCAUCCCCAGAAAUUGACGAAGAAGACCAGAAUGGAUAUGUGCUUCCUGGAGACAGCCCAGAGAGAGAUCAUCUAAUUUCUUCAUCUCGAGCCACUUCUGGUAGGAUGGGCAAGUCUCCUUCAUUAGGCCUCUUGGAUGACCCGGACGACGAGGAAUAUGAGUAUAUGAACAAGCAGACACCUGUUUUGCAAAGGCAAAAUAGCAACUGGCUGAAACCAAACAAGACAAGAACUUCCUCCGUAUCGUCACAAGCGACAGCUUGCUCAAGUGAUGCUCCGCUGUCUCUGGAGGUCAGGGGAGUUCACACAAGGGGCAAGGACAACUCUGAAUCAGAGCAGCAGGGUUCUAGCGAGGUUCAAUAUGAAUACAUGGACAUCAGAGGUAGUGACAGAGAGGAGAUCCCUCCAGCACAUGAACCUCCUCCUCCUCCAAUACCAGCGAAGCUUAUGGAACAGGUGGAGGAUGAAGAGCAGGGGGCGGAGGAGGUGGUGGCGGAGGAGGAGGAGGAUGAAUACCUGGAGGACAGUAACUAUCAUUACACCAACAGACAGCCAAAGCUGCGACAGGCUCUUCAUGACAGGAAGGAGCUGCACGAGAGGAUAAACGGCGAGGCGGAUGAGUACGAAGACAUGGACUGCUUUGCUGCCCUGCAGCCUGGAGAUGAUGUAGUUUACCAGAAUUUGCAGCGGGAAGGAGAUGGAGCAAUAGGCGGCACAGAGGGGAAUCGAUCUGCAUUUGAACCUUAUGUAAAGGUACGAGCUGGAGUCAUGCCUGGGGAGCCUGCAGCCGGUGACAGAUCUUUUGACAAUCCUGACUACUGGCACAGCAGAAUCUUCCUGAAGUCCAAAGCAGUGCCAACAUGAGGAACAUUUUAAAUGUCAUCAACCAUGAAGGACCUGAAACAGGAAAUGCAAUCAGAAGCCAUGUUUACACUGUCGCCUCAAACACCAACUUAACAAAAACCCAUCACAUGUGGCUUUGCUAUCUGUUACAGUGCACAUCCUAUGUAUAUAGGCCUUUGAUUUGGGGGCAUUUCCAGAAGUAAUGCAAUAGCACUGAUUGUUGAAAACACCAACAGAAAUGAACAGAUUACAAGCUAAUUUUCUCUGUUUACUUUUGGAAAUGAACAAAGUAAGUUUUUUAAGAGAAAAUGUUUUUUCACUUUCCUAUGUGUUAUGAUGAGACCUCUGUGUGUGAUUAUAUAUGAAUUUUCUACUCAAUUAAAAUACUUUGAAAUUUGAA